CACCUAAAUUUGUUUCCACUAUGGCCUACUUAUUCAAGGAACCAGCUCAGCACAUUCGUAGAAGUAUCGAUAAGCAUUUGCCUAUGGAUCGUGAAAAGACUAGUGAUGCUAUCCCUAUUCCAAACACCAAAGAACCAGGAUUUUCUUCAGUCUACAGAAAUGCUUAUUCUCCAGAUAAUUUGAUUGGUGUUCCUUACCCUUCCUUAGACACCUUGUAUAACCUUUUCGAAUACUCGGUCGAAGUUAAUGGCGACAAACGUGCUUUUGGUACCAGAGUCAAGAAUGCCGAUGGCACUUUUGGUGAAUACGUGUUUGAAGAUUACAACACCAUUCACAAGAGAAGAAACAACUUCGGAUCUGGUAUAUUCUUCGUGUUGCAAAAUAACCCAUUCAGAACUGAUAGUGAUGCUCAUAAGAAAAUGGACUAUAAUCCAAGUUCAACCGAUUCCUUUGUUCUUUGCAUAUUCUCGCAUAACCGUGCUGAAUGGGCUUUGACUGAUUUGACUUGUGUUGCUUAUUCAAUUACAAACACAGCUUUAUAUGAUACAUUGGGUCCUGAAUCCAGUAAGUAUAUUUUGGAGUUGACUGAAUCUCCAAUUGUUGUUUGUUCCAAGGAAAAGCUCAGAGGCUUGAUUGAAUUAAAGAGAGACAAUCCUGAACAAUUGGCCAAUUUGAUCACUUUGGUUUCUAUGGAUCCUUUAACUCCACAUGAUGAACCAUUGAAGGAUUUUGCUCGUGAAAACAGAAUUACCUUGUUUGACAUUAAACAAGUUGAGCAAUUGGGUGAAAUCAACCACUUGCCAACCAAGCCACCUAAGCCAGAAACUAACUUCACUAUUUCUUUCACAUCCGGUACCAGUGGUGCUCAUCCAAAGGGGGUUGUCUUGACCAAUGCUAAUGCUGUUGCUGGUGUUACAUUUAUGUAUGCCACCCGUGAGUUUAAAAAGGCACCCGUAUUUUACUCAUUCUUGCCAUUAGCGCAUAUUUAUGAGAGAGCCACUAUUCAAUUUGCUCUUUCUGCUGGUGCUGCUAUUGGAUUCCCACAAUCCCCUUCACCAUUGACUCUUCUUGACGAUGUUAAGGUGUUGCAACCAAACUUUUUAGCUUUGGUUCCUCGUGUUUACACCAAGUUGGAAGCUGCUAUUAAAUCACAAACUAUUCAUAAUGAUGACAAGCCAAUGUUGAAGUCCAUUUUCACCAAUGCUAUUAACAGGCGUUUGGAGUUACAAUCUCAACAAGAUCACAUUCAGCCAAGUCAUUUGAUUUAUGAUCGUGUUCUGACCUUGUUGAGAAAGAAGAUUGGGUUUGGUAAUGUUGAAUCAGUUGCUACUGGAUCUGCUCCAAUCUCUCCAGAAACCAUCAAGUUUUUAAAAGCAUCCUUGAAUAUUGGUAUGGCCCAAGGUUACGGUUUGACUGAAAGUUUUGCCGGUUGUUGUGUUUCCAGUACUUUUGAAUCCAAUCCAGGUUCCUGUGGUGCCAUUAGUGUCACUACUGAAAUCAAAUUGAGAGAUAUUCCAGAAAUGAACUAUACUGCUGAUGAUGAAGGCGGUCCUCGUGGUGAAUUGUUAUUGAGAGGUCCACAAAUCUUCAAGGAGUACUUCAAGAACCCAGAAGAAACCGCCAAGGCAAUUGAUGAAGAUGGCUGGUUCCAUACUGGUGACAUUGCCCGGAUCAACUCCAACUAUGGUAACAGAUUGUACAUUAUUGACCGUGUCAAGAACUUCUUCAAGUUGGCCCAAGGUGAAUAUGUCACUCCGGAAAGAAUUGAAAAUUGCUACUUGUCUCAAUUCCCAUACAUUACCCAAAUGUUCUGUCAUGGUGACUCGUUGCAAACUUACUUGGUUGCCAUUGUUGGUUUAGACCCAACUACCAUCUCCAAGUACAUUGGUCAUAGAUUCCAUGACAAGAUUGUUAACCUUGAAGAUGUGGCUGAAUUCUUUAAGAAUCCAAAGAAUAAGAAGAUCUUGUUGCAAGAUAUGAAUGCUGCUGUUUCUAAGCAAUUACAAGGGUUUGAAAAGAUUCACAAUAUUGAUGUGUCUAUUGAACCAUUAACUCUUGAAAAAGGAGUUAUUACUCCAACUAUGAAGAUUAGAAGACCAAUUGCUACUAAUUACUUCAGAGAAACCUUGGAUAAGUUGUAUGAAGAAGGUUCCAUUAUUAGAAAUGGUAAUUUAUAAGUGUGUGUAAAGUUAUUAUAUAAAUGAAAUGUUCAACUAUACAUAUUUGUAAGGGUUCAUGAUACCAUUUGGAUCAUAAUGAUUCUUGAUCUCUUUAAUCAUGUUGAUUUCAACCGGACUCUUGGAAUAUCCAAUGUAAUUCUUCUUUUGGAAUCCUAACCCAUGUUCAGCAGAAAUAGAACCCUUCCUACUUUGAAUCCAUUCGUAUACAAAUGGCUCCAAGAGAGAUUCAACCUCACUAGAAUAUUUACGAACACUAACAUUUAAAUGCAAGUUACCGUCACCAAUGUGGCCAUAUCCAACAGCAGCAACAACUGGUUUACUUUCAUCUUCCAAACUAACAAUACCAGCUUCUUGUAAUCUUUCAUUGCAUGCUUCCACCAAGGAGUAAAGCUCUGGCAAUGGAAUAGAGACAUCAUAUUUGUAGACACCACCAGUAGCGGUAACACCUUCAGGAAUGGAUUCUCUCCAAGACCAAAGAGAUUGGAUUUGACUUUCAUCCUGAGCAAUGAUCCCAUCAUCGACCAACUCAGCUUCCAUGGCACCAGCUAAAAAGUUUUCCAACUUUUCGUCAUCGUGCUCCUUGUUGGACCCUGAUGUUUCAAUCAAGAUGUAGAAUGGGUAUUCUCCACUUUCUAUUGGAUUGUCUAAUUUCAAGUGCUUUCCAGUGAGGUAUAAAGAAGUGCCAUCCAUGAACUCAAACGCAGACAAGAUUUCUGAUAAUUCCUUACGGGCUUCCACAAACACUUUUUGCACAGCUUCAUAACUUGACACAGCUAAAAAGGCAACAUUUUGAGUUUGUGGUCUUGAAGGACACAAGAUGGAAAUACCAGUGAUUAUACCCAAAGUACCUUCAGAUCCGAUAAACAAUUGUUUCAAGUCAUACCCAGUGUUAUCCUUACGUAAAGAAUGCAUUGAGUCGUAGAUACUACCGUCUGGUAACACCGCUUCUAAACCCAAUACGGAGCCAUGUAAGGAUCCGUAACGUAAUAACCUUAAUCCACCAGCGUUACAGGCGACAUUACCACCGACAUGACAAGAACCCUUGGCACCCAAGUCAAGAGGGAAGAUGUAUCCUUGUUCAGCCAAGUAUUGAUCAGCAGUCUCCAAAAUGACACCAGCGUCAAGCUUUAAGAUACCACUGACACUGUCGAAAGAUCUGAUCUUGUUCAUGCUCGACAAUGAGAUGAUGAUUUCAUCAAAGAUGGGGUUGGAACCACCGACAAGACCAGUGUUACCACCUUGAGGAACCACGGCUAAUUUCUGCUCGUUACAGUAUUUCAAGAUUUGUGACACUUGUUCAGUGGUUUUUGGUUUCAACACUAAUUGAGAUUGACCACGGUACUUUCUCAUCCAGUCUUCAUUGUAGAACAACAAGUCAUCGGCAUCGGUGAUGAGUCCCUUGUCAGUGAGUACCCCUUUGAAAAAUUCAAUAUCGGCAUCAUCCAACUUUUUGAAUUUAGGAUCACGUUGAACCUUGUGGGAAUAGGUGUCAGCUGUGAAUGCAACCGUCUUGGUUGAGUAACUGGCAGUAGAUACAACGACUAAGCGUUGGUUAACCCUGAUGUUUCUUCUGAGAAGAGAAACAGUCAGACUCAAGCUGUAAAGGGUUCUUCUGUGCAUUGUGUUGAUU